AACAAACACACAGUUAGUUUGACAGCUGUCAAAGUUAUACUUUUCUCUUUUCCUAACUGAACUCUCUUUCCGGUCAAUGCCAAGACGUGAGGCAAAAUGAAGACCAUCAACUCAAACCAAUUUGUUAAAAUUCCAAAAGAUAUCACAGCCUCUGUGAAAUCACGUGUUGUGACAAUUAAAGGGCCUAGAGGUGUUUUGAAGCGAAAUUUCAAACAUUUAGCUCUCGACAUAUAUAUGGUGAAUUCGAGAACUUUGAAAGUGGAAAAAUGGUUUGGACGAAAAAAAGAAUUAGCAGCAGUAAGAACAGUGUGCAGUCAUAUUGAAAAUAUGAUUAAAGGUGUAACUAAAGGUUUCCAAUACAAAAUGCGUGCGGUAUACGCUCAUUUCCCGAUUAAUUGCGUUACAUCUGAAAAUAAUUCAGUAAUUGAAAUUCGAAACUUUUUGGGUGAAAAAUAUAUUCGUCGUGUAGUUAUGGCACCUGGAGUUACAGUAGUCAAUUCAACUGCCCAAAAAGACGAAUUAAUCGUAGAAGGCAAUGAUAUUGAGGCCGUUUCUGGUUCCGCUGCUUUAAUUCAACAGUCCACUACAGUUAAAAAUAAAGAUAUACGUAAGUUUUUAGAUGGCUUAUACGUAUCAGAAAAAACAACAGUUGUAAAGGAUGAAGUAUAAAAAUAAAAUAAUUUUACUAUACAAAGUUA